AUGGCCUCCACCCCACCAAUCAUCGCCCGUAGCGACAACGCCCGCCCAAACCCCCCAUCUCCGCUGACAAUCGACCUCCUCACCCACGUCCUCUCCCGCACCCUCUUCCACCCCUUCCUCGCCGCCCUCCUACCGCUCUGUCUCCGCGCUCUGGCCGCACCCUACACUUCCACCUCUUUCAUCCUCACCUCUGCAUUCGCAAUAGGCGUCUGCCUGUACAGGGUCUUACAAGGUGUGAACACCCGGCUUGCGUAUGGCCCGCCGAGAAAGAUCAGGUGGGCAGACGAAGUCGUCGUAAUCACCGGCGGCGUUGGCGGUCUGGGAGGGUGUUUGGCUGAGAUCUUCGCGUUGCGAGGCGUCGGGGUCGCGGUGUUGGACGUUGAGGUCGCGCCACGGUGGGCUCAGGCUGAAGGUCUGGCGAAAGGGCCGGCAGAUGGGGAGGAGAAGGAAGGGGUGCGGUAUUAUUACUGUGACGUGGGGGACUAUGAGCAAGUGGAGAGGAUGUGGGCGAGGGUUAUGAAGGAUGUGGGUACGCCGACGGUGCUGAUUAACAACGCGGCUGUGGUCAAUGCGAAAGGUUUGAUGGAGCAGAGUGGGGAAGAGGUGGAGAGGACGUUUCGGAUCAAUACGCUGAGUCAUUAUCAUUUGAAUAAGCUCUUUCUACGGCCAGUGUUGGAGAAACUAUCACACGGAGGGACGAUUGUGACGGUUUCCUCUGUGCUGGGCCACCUAGGUGCUGCACAUCUCUCGGCGUAUACCGCCUCCAAAGCCGCUCUGCUUGCCUACCACGCUUCUCUGACCUCCGAACUGGCGUCAGAAGCGCCACAGGUGAAGACGAUAUUGGUAGCACCUGGACAGCUGGACACCCAAAUGUUCGGCAAUGUUAAGCUUCGAGGCUGGUCAAGAAAUUUCUUUGGCCCCGUUGCUGGGGCUGGAGAGGUUGCGAUCAAGAUCGUGGAAAUGAUUGACCGAGGUGAAGGGGGCGUGGUGAGUGAGCCAGCGUAUGCGAGGUGGAUCGCCUGGCUGGGUGUGUUGCCCGUGGGGUUGCAGAGGAUGGCAAAGAGCUGGGCAGGGACUGAUGAUGCGUUUGCUGGGGAUGUUCGGAAAAGCUCGAAGGAUGCUGGAUAG